AUGGCCAGGUUAGUGGGUUACCUUGGCGCCUUGCCAGCGGCUCUGAGAUCCUCCAAGGCGGCUAAUACGAUGCGCCGCUACGCCCCUCUUUCGAAGCGCUUCGUUGCUCGGUGCAAGGAACGUGAGCUCCCGUACUUGCCGACCCUGCCGGUGGUCGUCGCUAUGUACCUGCUCCAGAUCACACAGACUGGGCGAUCGUACUCGACGAUCAAGUGUGUUUCCCCGCAGCGAAUGCGGCAUUUCACGCCUUUGCCACCUGUGCGGCUAUCACGGACAAGGCGGUGGUCUCCUCGGUUCGGGGCUACGUUAUGCCAGGCUUGCGCAAUCUGUCGCUCGCUGCUGCUGUCAGUCCAGCAUUCUGUAUGUUCUUUGGAUAUGACGACCUGGCACACAUUCGUGUUAGUAAUCUCAAGUGGCAAGAUUCGCACUGGGAGAUCGUUCUCCAUCUAG